CAGGCCGACACCGGCUUUCGGGAGGACAGACAGGUAGUCCACUGAGGUAAGGCAGCCCGAGUGAACAUGUCUGGCUUAAAAUGUCACAUGUCGCUGCCUGUGGCAGUGGGUGUGUUGUUGGUUGGCCUCCCGUACUCCAUCUCUCUAGCUGCUCAGUGGCUUUAUGGCUGGCCCAACAAGCCUGGAUAUAAGAAGUACAUUGAAGCACUGAAACCAAGGCGAAUAUACUGUUUGACCAGAGCUGUGUUGGAAACUCUCAAAUAUCUGCAAUAUGGGAGACUUUACUUUCAGUGGAAGUCAUGGUACAAGAAUGCCGAAAACCAAAAGCAUUACGAAAAGGGCAUCACAUUUGGCCGCCGAGGCAACAAGUUGGACUUGUACCACCCUCCAAACGUGGACAGGUAUAAAGAUGCGCCUACACCACUGGUGGUUUUCAUCUACGGAGGUGCGUGGGGGUCUGGAGAAAGAUAUAUUUACUGUUUGCUGGCCAGGCAGAUGGCUGAAGAACUGAGUGCCACUGUCAUUUGUCCCGAUUACUGCACCUAUCCAAAGGGGAACGUUUUAGGGAUGGUCCAAGAUAUUGCUGACUGCUUGAUUUGGGCCCAAGAGAGUGCACCGAAGUUCAACUUUGACAAAGACAACAUAGUGUUGAUUGGCCAUUCAGCGGGUGCACAUUUGUGUGCACUGACCACACUGUUCCUCAUUGAUGCAAGAGAGGAGCUUUUCAUAGAGGCCAGCAAGCAGAGGGACAUCACACUGGCGAUGAGAGGAGUCAUUGGUCUGAGUGGUGUCUACAACAUCAUGGACCAUUAUGAGCACGAGCAGAAGCGAGCAGUCGAAUACGUCUCUACCAUGCACAAAGCCAUGAAUGGAGUGGAGAACUUCCCGUAUUACUCACCAACUCACAUACUGGAGAAGCUCAGCCAGGACAAACUGAGCAGAGUGCCUCCUUUUGCUUUGCUCCACGGGACCAGUGACAUUAUCGUUCCUGUUGCAUCUUCCACAAAGUUCUCUGAGCUACUCACCUCCCUGUCCAUAAAGGUGUCGCUCUACCUGCUGCCCAGAGUUGACCACACUGAAAUCGUCACUGACCUCAUGGCGACCGACCGGCGCUUCUACCAUCUCAUCUACAGCUGCAUCAAACAGGAGUACAGAAAACUUUUGGGAACCUGCUGAUGUCCCAUCAGAUCAUGAAAACAUCAGUUUAUCCUAAUAUUUACUGAUCAUGCCAUACACUUACUUUGUUUACAUUAUCUGCUCUAAUACCUCAAAAUGAAUUGCAUUUAACCUUGAGUUUCACUUAAUUCUCUGCGCUGUAAUUCUGUAGUAAUGAUUUGGCAACGCUUUAUAUGAAGGUACACACAUUCAACAUUAACUAGUUGCUUAUUUGCGUGCAUAUUGGUAGCAUAUUGGCUCUUUAUUAGUCACUCUAAAGCAUUUAUUAAUGUUAUAUACUUGGUGUUAAGGUUAUUGAGGGUUAGGUUUUGGUUAUUGAGAUUGUAAUUCAUGUACAACAACUUCCUUAAGAAGAAAUCAGUAAUCAGCAGUAACCAGUAAUUAGGAUGUUAUUGAGAGAAAACUCUGAGUUAAGUUAAUUAACUCUUAGUUGUAGAACAUAAUCAUGCAGAAUGAGUCAUUAAUAAGUUCUUUUUUAACUACUAAUAAAAAGCCAAUAUACUACUAAUAGUUAGUUAAUGGUGAAUAUGUGUCCCUUAAUAUGAAGUGUUAUCAAAGAUUUAUAUGUCAUACAGUUCUUUGAUUCUAACUGAGUAAAUCCAGGAGCUGCAUCUGAUUAAUUUUUAUUUUAUAAUCUGAAAAAGUGCACUGCAAUUGGGCUAACAUCAUUCUCAGAAUGUAAUGUAACGAGUCAUGAAGCAAUAUCAUUACUGUACAAAACAUGUAAAGCACAAUGCAUAACAUAAAAAUGAAGUCCAGUUAGCAAAACUGAAUCUCUGAAUGAUGUUCCACUGUUUUUAUCAAAUGAAACUUUCUAUUAAUUUAUUGGAAUAUCUUGAAUAACUACAGUAUUUAUUGAUUCCAGACAUA